UAUAUUUUAAACUAAAUAUUAAAAGUUGAAGUAGCGAAGCGGGAAAACGAUUUAUGCAGAAAAAAAGGUAUCAGUUCCAAACUGUUGAUGAAAAUCAUCAAUGGCGAGAAUCAAACAGAGCGCCAAGAAAUCAUCCGGCCGGAAACCCUCUCAAGCAACUCCGUCAACUUCAACUCCACAGCAGUCUCCUGGGAGAAGAAGCCCUCGGAGUGCAACACCAUCUAGGACUGGGGGAGGAGCUAAGAAAAAGCGUCGGAACCGGCCAGGGACGGUAGCGUUACGUGAGAUUCGUAAAUACCAAAAGUCUUAUAAACUUUUGAUCCCCGCUGCUCCAUUCAUUCGAACUGUAAAAGAGAUCAGUUUCAAGUUUGCUCCAAGCGUAGGACGUUGGCAGGCAGAAGCAUUGGUGGCUCUUCAGGAGGCUGCUGAGGAUUGCAUAGUUAGGUUGUUUGAAGAGGCAAUGCUAUGUGCCAUUCAUGCAAAGCGUGUAACUCUAAUGAAAAAGGAUUUUGAGCUGGCUCGGCGAAUUGGAGGUAUAGGGAGGCCUUGGUGAUAUCAACUAUGCAAGAUGAGUUUUUCAGCCUAUUUGGCUAAAUCACACAUUGGUAAAUAGUAGGCAUCAAUUCAAUGUGCAAGUGCUUAUCAUCGUCAUUAAAUUUCCCAAAUAGUUAGGAGUUAGCUUUUUUUAUGUUAAAGAGUAGUUGCAGCAAGAUUUAGGCAAGAAAUGUUGCUAACUCAUUUAUUUUUAUUUUGGUAGAGCGCUUUAUCAUUUUAACUCUCAACUACCCUAAUCUGUAUGACUCCUGUAUAAAAUCAUUGUUGUUUCGAAAAUGGCUAUAAUUGCUUGAGGAGGUUACAUAAAUUA